AUGGCCUCCGUCCUCGGGAAGCGCAAGGCGCCCUCCUCCUCUUCCGCCGCCUCCGUCAAGGUCUGCAAGCCCAUCUCUACAAACGUCGCAAAGAAGGGUACUGGAACGCCGAAGAUCACGGCGACACCGGCGCUGAAGAAGAAGAAGAACAAGAACAAGAGCCUCGAGGCCACAGAGAAAGCCGGCCCCGUAAAGAAGAUCGCCGCGAAGGCGAAGAGGGUUAAGAAGAGGGAAGAGAAAGAGGACGAAGACGACGACGAAGAAGAAGAAGAAGAGGUGGACGAGUCCCUGCUCUCCGCGCAGGAGAUCUUCCGGAGGCACUUUGAGGCGCAGUUCAAGCCCAUCGAGGAACCGAAGCGGAAGAAGGCCAGGGCUGCCGGGGCCCGGGGCGAAGACGGCGAUGAAGCCGCCUCGUCGGACGAGGAGGGCGAGGACAUCUUUGAGGACGAGGGCGCCGACGGGCAGGAGGGAGAGGGAGAGGAGUGGAGCGGCCUUUCCGGCGAGGACGAAGACAACAACGGAUCUGACGAGGAAGAAGACUACGAGGACGACAUUGAAGAGAACCCCGUAAUCGAGGUUGUCGACCACACAAAGUCUAAACCCCAACCCGUCGCGAGCAUGAGCAAGCGCGAGCUCAAAGCCUUCAUGUCGAUGCUGGCCAACGACCUCGCCCUCCAGCGCCUCCUCUCCGAGUCACACCUCCUCGCCCGCCACACCGUCACCCCCUUCUCCAACCCCACGGCCGCCGCAAAGACCUUCUCCGAGGGCCGCCUCCGCCAGCGCCAGGCCGACCUGCGCACGCAGGCGCUCGCCCGCGGCGUCUCGGGCGUCGGCUCCGUCUUCACCCAGGACAAGAUGCCCAUGGCCAUCCGCAAGGGCAUCGUCGCCGCCGCCGCCGGCAGGGAGGCAAAGCGCCGCCGGCAGGCCCGCGAGAACGGCAUCGUGCUCGAGAAAGAGGCCGGGCCGGCCCCCGGCAACAAGGCCGGGAAGAAGGCCGGUCGCGCCGAGAGGGGCGUUGACGGCCCCGCCGUGGGCCGCAUGCGCGGCGCCGAGCUAAGGCUGAGCGAGAGAGACGUCCAGAGCAUCGAAGGCGGCGGCAGUGGCAGGGGUGGGAGGGGUGGCCGCGGCGGCGGUAGAGGGGGACGGGGGAGGAGGUAGACCGGCUAACCGUUGGACCACAAUAUAACUCGCAAGAAGUCGAAAUAGUCCAGUUUUCUUCUCCUUUUUCCCCUCGAUCUUCUCUUUCCUUACCUAUAUUUAAUGACAAACUGGUAGUGGGUGCCGAGUGUCGCCGACUGGAUAUAUAGACGCGCAGGAUGCCUUGCAUACCAACCAAUAACGAUGAAUGCAUGAGCAUGCAUGAAUACGACUGGCAUAAUCGAGACAUGGCAUUCGAACCCCACUGGGUAUCAUCAGAGGCAUUGUUGCAGCAACACCAGCCUUCAUACUUGCAUCACCGGGAGUGAGCAGUCACUUCAAGUGGGCAAUAUAAUGUGAACAACAUGUAUCAGCAUUCAACUCUGCUUACUUGUG